AUGGAACCUCAUCCCAAUAGUUCCGGCACCGGCGCCAAUGCUAGUGGCACCGCCAAAAGCGACACCGUAGCGAAGAAGAAAGUCAUAAGCGAAGAUAUGACAGAUGAGGAUUUGGCUUUGAAGCAGCAAUUUGAGUUGUAUGUUGAAAGAAUUCAGGAUUCCGACCCUGAGUUGCAGAAGGAUGCUCUUGAGAGCAUGAGGCUAGAAAUUAGAACCUCAACGAGCUCCAUGACUUUAGUUCCCAUGCCGAUAAAAUUUCUUCGCCCUCAUUAUGCCACUCUUAGGGCAUUUUAUGAAACAAUGGCUGAAUCAGUUUCGAAGAAAUACUUAGCAGACAUUUUGUCAGUUUUGGCUCUCACCAUGUCUGCUGAAGGAGAACGAGAAAGCCUGAAAUACAGAUUAUUUGGUUCAGAGGGUGACAUAGGCUCAUGGGGCCAUGAGUAUGUUAGAAAUUUGGCUGGGGAAAUUGCGCAAGAGUACAUGCAAAGACAGAUCGACAAGGCCCCAAUGGAGGAAUUAAUAGAACUUGUUCGACAAAUAGUUGCUUUUCAUAUGAAUUACAACUCUGAGCCCGAAGCUGUUGACCUUUUAAUGGAGGUUGAGGACCUUGACAUGUUGAAUGAAUAUGUAGACAAAACAAAUUUUAAGAGGACUUGCCUGUAUCUCACCAGUUCAGCUGGAUACCUUCCUGAACCGAAUGACACGAAAGUUCUGGACCUUGCAUAUUCAAUUUAUUUGAAGUUUGAAGAAUAUCCAAAUGCUCUUCGAAUUGCAUUGUUCAUGGAUAAGCUGCAGUAUGCGAGGAAGGUGGUUACUUCUUGCAAUGAUGUGCAUCAAAAGAAGCAAUUAUGUUACAUUAUUGCACGUCAUGGAAUUGCUUUUGUGCUCGACGCAGAAAUGGCUGGAAAUGAAGAGGACAGAGAAAUGUUGCAGGAUAUCUUAUACAAUUCUAAGUUAAGUGAAGGAUAUCUAGCUCUUGCCCGUGAUCUUGAAGUCAUGGAAGCCAAGUCCCUUAGGGAAAUAUACCAGCCUCGAUUGCUUGAUGGACACACAAAUACUAGUGCAAAAGUUGAUUUAGCCAGGAAGAAUCUUGCUGCUACUUUUGUUGCUGCAUUUGUAAAUGCUGGCUUUGGUCAGGCCAUGUUAAUGAGUCUUACAUUAGCUGCUCCAAGUGGCUCUUUUGAAGAUUGGGUUUUCACACAUGAUGAACACGGGAGGACUAGUGCUGUAGCAUGCCUGGGUAUGAUUUCACUUUGGAAUGUUGACUCUGGUCUGGAACAACUUGACAAGGGCUUUCACCUUAAAGAUGUGUAUGGCUUUGCUGGUGCAUUAUUGGGAGUUGGUAUUGUCAAUUGUAACAUAAAAAAUGAUUGUGACCGGGCCAUCACACUCCUAGAAGACCACACAGUUAAAGAAGAACGCUCCUCGACCAGGAUUGGCGCAAUUAUGGGAUUGGGAAUAGCAUAUGCAGGUUCCAAAAAUGAGCAGCUACGACACCUACUGACAGCUAUUCUCAUUGAUGAUGAAAAUUCAAUUUCUGUGACUGCUUUCACUGCAAUUUCAUUGGGCUUGAUUUAUGUGGGUUCUUGCAAUGAGGAAGUUGCUGAAACACUCAUAUCUGUACUUAUGGCCCGGAUUGAAGCAGAGUUGGAACAGCCCCUUACAAGACUUUUACCUCUCGGCCUUGGUCUUCUUUAUCUUGGAAAAAAGUCUAGAGAAGGGACGGAGUCUAUUGUAGGAAAGUGUGGAGAGGCAACUGCUGAACUUUCAAAGACUCUUGAUGUAAAAAUGAGAAAGUAUUGGGACACGACACUGCUAUCCUGUGCCUAUGCUGGAACAGGGAAUGUUCUCAAGGUACAAAAGCUUUUGGGUCGAUGUUCGCAACAUCUUGAAGAAGACGAAGUGAACCAGGGUCCUCCUGCAGUGCUUGGAAUUGCUAUGGUAGCAAUGGCUGAAGAAAUAGGUCUUGAGAUGGCAAUUCGAUCACUGGAACAUCUCCUACAGUACGGAGAGCAGAAUAUUCGCCGAGCAGUUCCUCUGGCACUUGCUCUACUGUGUAUAUCAAAUCCAAAGGUCAAUGUUAUGGAUACCUUAAGCAGACUUAGCCAUGAUACUGAUUUAGAAGUAGCAAUGGCAGCAGUUAUCUCCUUAGGUCUAAUAGGUUCUGGAACCAACAAUGCUCGAAUUGCUAGCAUUCUUCGCAAUCUUUCAAGAUAUUACUGCAACAAUACCAACCUUCUAUUUUGUGUGCGGAUUGGCCAAGGUCUUGUACAUAUGGGAAGGGGCUUAUUAACACUUAAUCCAUAUCAUUCUGAUCGCUUUUUACUAUCGCCGACAGCACUUGCAGGUCUAGUUACUGUGUUGUAUGCAUGCCUUGAUAUGAAAACUGUCUUGUUGGGAGAAUAUCACUAUGUUCUCUACUUCCUUGUUUUAGCAAUGCAGCCGAGGAUGUUGUUGACUGUAGAUGAGAACUUGAAGCUUCUAUCGGUGCCAGUUCGAGUUGGUCAAGCAGUGGGCGUUGGACAGGCUGGUCGUCCCAAGAUAAUCACUGGUUUUCGGACCCACUCCACUCCUAUUCUCCUGGCUGUCGGAGAUAUGGCAGAGCUAGCUACAGAAAAAUAUAUACCUCUGUCACCAAUUCUUGAAGGUUUGGUAAUUUUGAAGAAUAAUCCACACUAUGUGGAAGAGUGA